CAUAUAUGGAAGAGACUGGACUCGAUCCUUGGAUAAAGUCUGAAACUUCUGAAUCCCCACAAAGUGAAAAUGCUGAUAAUCAUAUCCUACAGAACAAUUCGUUGGAAACUCAGAUGAGAGUACUGUAG